AUGGGGGUACAAAAGAGGCUUAACACCGUUCAACGGGGUUUUGCCCAGAAGAUCUGCAGAGCAUAUCGGACUGUCUCCCUGAACUCUGCGAUGCUAAUGGCUGGGAUUCUCCCUCUUGAUCUCAGGAUACUCGAAGCUUCGAGGCUUUAUGAGAUCAAGAGGGGUGUGUCGCACCCGGCGGUGUUGAGGGACAGGGAGGUGGAACGAAUGGCACCCGCGAUUGAGGACCCACAUCCGGCAGAGCAGGUAGAGCUGGGGUUCGGCUUGAUAGAUGAGGACACCUAUGCCAACGUGGUUAACAGCCACGUCCACAGGGUCUAUAGUAUAGACCCUAUAGACUCUAUACGGACGGCAGCAAGAUUUAGGGUCGAGUCGGAGCCGCCCUUUCCGUAUGGAAAGGCUGAGCUCCUAGCGCUCAGAAGAGCAGUAGACAUAGCCUGCAAGAGUAGAGCGGCAAAGGUCAGUGUCCUCAGCGACUCCAGAUCGGCGCUCCAGGCGGUUACCCUGAGUUCCCCUCAUCCCCUGGCUAUGCAAACACGGGCGGCCCUCCGAAAAGCUGCAUUGCAGAGGCGGGAGGUCUCCCUGUUUUGGAUUAAGGCGCACGCAGGGCUUAAGGGGAACGAACGGGCAGACGAGUUAGCCAAGGAGGCCGCUCUGGGGUUGAGGAGGAAACCGGAUUACGAUCUGUGUCCUGUUUCAUUCGUCAAGAGUAUUUUGAGACAGGAUACGAUCAGCGAAUGGGAUAGGAGAUACGAUGUAGGAGGAACGGCCGGAGUCACGAAGCUCUUUUUCCCAAGCGCUGCUGCUGCAUACAAGGUAGUCGGGAAAAUAGACAUCACACACCACACCACACAAGUACUGACUGGUCACGGCGGAUUCGCCUUCUGUGGGAUUCUGAUGAGGAUUCUGAUUAAAUUUUUAACUGUAAUAGGACCAUAG